UUUAAACGGAAGAUGAAAGAUGGCCGCGGAGAAAGACACCGAUGAAAAUAAACGAGACAGAAGGGGCACCGUGUGCAAUGUUGUAAUCAGUCAGGACACCGAGUCAGGCAGCAGUGGUGAUGGCCGGCUGCCCAUUAUCUUCAAUCCAGACUUCUUUGUGGAGAAACUGCGUCAUGAGCGUCCUGAAGCCUUCACUGAGCUGGUGCUCAGUAACAUCACACGACUCAUCGACCUCCCUGGUGCUGAAUUCUCACUUUUAUUGGGGGACGAGGAACCCAAGACUCCCAAUGGCACUGCGGCAGGAGGAUUUUUUCGUUCCUUCAACUUCCUUAAACGCAAAGAUAAAGGUAUUGUGUUUGGUAUGCCCCUAACAGAGGAAGGAAUAGCCCAGAUAUAUCAACUCAUCGUUUACCUCAGCAAAAAUCUGCAUGUGGAGGGUCUUUUUCGGGUUCCUGGGAACAGUCUGAGACAGCAGACACUGAAAGAGCAGCUCAACACUGGAGCUGAUAUUGACUUUAGCUCUGGUGACUUCCAUCCCAAUGAUGUUGCCACCCUCCUUAAAAGCUUCCUGGGAGAGCUUCCUGAGCCCCUUCUGACGCACCGCCACUUACACGCGCACCUGAAAAUUACAGAACUGACCAUGUUUGACGACCAAGGUAAUAAGACUAGUUUGCCCGAUAAAGAGCAUCAAAUCGAGGCGUUACAGUUGAUUCUGAUGUUGCUGCCCACUGCGAACCGCACACUGCUCAAACUUCUGCUGGAUCUGCUCUACCACACCGCCAAACAACAGGACAAGAACAAGAUGACUGCACACAACCUCGCACUCAUGUUCGCACCACACGUCAUCUGGCCCAAGAACAUGAAUGCCAGUGACCUUCAAGAAAACCUGAAGAAGCUGAACAGUGGAAUGGCAUUUCUCAUCAAACAUUCACAGAAGAUCUUUCGGGCACCGGCCUAUCUGAGGGAGCAUGCAAGACUUCAGUUCACAAACACCAAAAUCAUUCACUCCAAGGAUGAUCUUGAGCUCUUGGCUGUCAGCAGUUCUCGUUUUAUGCCAGCCUGUAAGAGGACUGGAGCACGAUUGGGUUUAGACUCUGAUAAUCACACAGAAGAUGCCCUCAAAGAGCUGUAUCGACAUGUCAGUGAUGGCAUGCCAAACUCCGCCAAGAAGAAAAAACUCAUCAGAAAGCUUGGCAAGCAGUCUACCCCAGGGACCCCUGUCAAUGAGAAUACGACUCCUACUAAAAAACAUGCUCGCUCUCGCUCCUUUGGUGGUCUUAUCAAGAGGAAGGUUUUGGGGAACCAGCCCACUGCAGACAGGAGAGGUCGACACAUGUCUCCACAGACUGUUACUGCAGGUCCAGGGAAGGAGAACGUCAACUGUGAGCCAUUGAGCUGAAGCCCUGCCCCCAGUUGAAGUGAUCAGGACUGUGUUCAGGGCGCUUUGUCAUCAUCUGCCUACAUAGAAGACUUCAAUCUAGACAACUGGAGCCAUUUAAGAGUUUUUAUUUUAUUUAUUAUUAUUAUUCUAUAUUUUAACCUAGUAGAAAUUGGUUAAAACUGUUACAGCAGGUGUGUAUGGGCAAACCACUAGUCAGUUACACUGGGCAUUUUAAACUGCAAAGUUAAUUAACAAUUGUUAAUAUGGGUCAGUGUGUGUAUAUGUGUAAAUAUAUAAAGGUGUUAUAUCUGGGUGUAUAUUCACUUGCAUUAAUCACUCAAUUUAUGCUAUAAUCAGACAUAAGGCAAUGGGACAGGCAGCUAACAUCAUAAAGUGUAACGGCUGUACAUUUAAUUGCAGAAAUGUAUAGCUAAGAAUACAAUAAAUUGUCCUUGUGUUUGUUUACAGAUAGAUAUUUGUCUUAACUCUGUUAAGAGCAUGUGAAUUGUAGUAACUAACUGUGUCCCACUCAAAUGUGAUAUUGAAACGGUUGUUUAAAAGCAGUACAAGGCCCAUUUUGUGAACAACAGGACAAAUAUAAUUCAUCUGAAGUCUGAUGUUGCCUUUUGAUGCUUUACAACUGACCGAUCAUUUCACUGUAAUUUGACCUGUGAAUCAAGAAUGUGUGUAUAAAAAUACAUCCCAAUGGUUUUCAUAACCAUUAUUUCCAUUUAAUGAGAGAAGUAGCCAUGUUUCUUUAUAAAUACCAUUUUUAAGUUUUAUUUGAAGGGUUCUGGGUAUCUCAGGGGACUUGGUUCAGAAGGUUUGUGUAUGUAACAACGAUGGGAUUGGUUUUGGAGUUGUUGAAGGGAUGGUGUUUUGAUACCUGUCAAGUCUAUUUUAUUUCACUGUAUAUUAAACAUACUGAGGUUUAAGAGACCAUUAUGUAUGAAUGCAGUGGUUAGAUUGACCGUGAUUUUGUGAAGUGUUCAGAAUAUCGGUGUGAGCGGGAAUGUUGCAUGUCUAAACUUGCAGAUGGAUUGGUAGGAAUGAAAGGAUAUUGUGAGGAAUUAUUGUUAAUGGUUUUUGGCACAGUCCAUAUUGACAAAAGUUCUGCCAAAUUGCUUUACCAUUUUUUUUUUUAUU